CCGCCACUGCUGCCCAUGAUCGACGGGGCACCGCCGACCCCGGCGCCCGGCAGGCCGCGGCCAUCGAGUUCGGCUUUCGGCGCGCUGUCAGCGGCCGAGUGGGCGCCAUCACCGCAGGCUGCCACGCCGCACAGCCGGGCCCUGGCACAGACCCCGCACGGGAGCCUCCCCCUGGGCGGCGGGCGCCAGCCACGCUUGCGCUUUGAGCUGGCUGGGCCCCUGCGCAGUGCCGUGCCGCACGAGUCGCUCGCGUGCUUCCUGCUCCCCCUGGUGGACAGCCCCCCGCUCGCCACCGUGGCCGACGUCCUGCGCUAUGCGGUGUCCCAGUCGCCCCUGCCCUGGGACAGCAAGGCCCACCUGACCUCACCCACGUCGCAGAUCACCCUCACCGCCUUCGUGGAUGGAUACUUCGUGGCGCCCGGCCUGCCGGCCUCCGCCCUCCAGGAAUCCGACGUUGUCCAGAUCAUCGCCUUCGGGCCCCAGGGCGCCCCGGUCACGCCCCAGGAGGCCCUGGGCGCACAGGCAGCCGCCCCGGCCCUUGUGCCGGGCGUCCCACAGCAGCCGGCCAUCCCGGUUCCGGUCGCUGUGGCGGCUGCCGCGUCGGAUCCGGACAAGCGUGAAACCAGUCGAUCGCGGCGACUCCGCCGCCAGCGGCAAUUUGACCGGCUCCGAUGCCUGGUCCAAUCGAAGGCGGUGCUCGAGGAGGCUGGCGCCGACCAGUCCCCUGCCACGGGUGCUGGUGCUGGCCCGGUCGGCGCCGCUGUCGCCAUGGAGGCGCUGACUCCCGGCCGGGCGCCGCGUGACACGCGGCGCCCGGCUCCGACCGCCACGCCCGUCGACAGCACUCCCCAGGCCAUCGCCAUCAAGCCGGCUGCCACCGCCGUCACCACCGCCCCGGCUGCUGCUGUCACUCCUGCUGCUGGCCGGGCUCCUCCCCCCCGGGCGGCCACUUCGGCCGCCGAGCUGGCCGCCGCCGGGUCCCUGUCCUUCUCCCCGCCGGCCCCGGCGUCCGGGCUCCUUCCUCCCUCCACUCCGGCUGCGGCUCCCGUCACGAGCUCCCCCUCGGCCGAUGGGCCGAUCUCGAAGGCGGCCGGCUUGACACCGAGCGCUGCUGCCACGCAGCCCCUGCUCCGGCCCGGUCGCCGGGUGGGCCAGUCUCGUGGGCGCGCGCCAGGCGGCUUCCCCAUGACAUCCAUCACGUCGGCCCUGGCGGCUCUGGCGGAAAAGCCCCUUCCCGUUCCCGACACCCCGGUGUCUGCACCGUCGUCACCCCAGCUUCAGCAGCAGCAGCAGCAGCAGCAGCAGCAGCAGAAACAGAAACAGCAGCAACCACGGCCCUUGACACCUGGGGUGGUGAAGAGCCAGAAGAAACGUGGCACGUCGGCACAUGCCUCCAUCCGCGAUGCCCUGGCCCGGGCCCUGGACGGGACCCCGCCGGCGGUCACGCGCUUUGAGGACUCGGAUGAUGAGGCGACCGUUGUUGCUGCUGCUGCGGCGGCGGCGGCGGCGGCGGCGGCGGCGGCGGCGGCGGCGGCUCCUGGCUCCCCCUCUCCGCUGGCUUCGAGUGAACCUCGGGCCAUGGCUGCCGCCGCGGAGCCCAUGGCUGCCCUGUCGCAGGAAGCCCUGUGUGCCUUGCCCCUCCGGACGGGCCCCCUCCAGGUGGGCAGCCAGAUUGCCUUCCGCGAGCUGGAACUUACGACGUCCAUGAUCCCGGCACUGGGACCCCUGCGAGCGGCCACCGUCCAUGCCCUCCCCCCCAGCGGGACCGGCAAGCUUACCCUGCAUCUGCACCCCGCCUCUCGGGGGAAGGUGGUCACUGAAGCCCCGGAACCGGUGCGCCGAAGCCGCGCGGCCCGGGCCGACUCCAACCGCAUGGACGAGGACAGUCCCUUCGCCGAUGCCGAGGGCGAUCAGCCAGCCGCCGAUCCGGCCGAGGAUCUGUUCCCGGAAUACAUCCAGCGGGAGCCGCGCUUCAUGCAGGAUGUUCGCGAUGCUACUGGCCUCUGGUAAAUAUAGACUUCCCCCCCCCCCCUUCCCGAAAUCCCAGCACCCUGCCGCCCUACCUACCUGCGCCCUGCU